UAAAUAUUUAUACGUUAAAAUAUACUCUAAAUUGGAGCCUACUUGUCAGAUUGAUCUAUCUUGUCGUGUGGUGAAACUCACAAUCAUAAAGCCUACUAAUCUCCUUUAUUUCCUGGUAAGUGGUAAACCGGAGUAUAUACUAAACAUAUGAGACUAAAGUAUCGGUUAAUAUAGCUGGUAACUCAGGGAACCAAGUUUACAAAAAAAGAAUAAAAACUCGGGGAACCAGGGACUCUAUAUAAAUAAUUAAAUAUAGUUUAACGGUUUAACGGUUCAAGAAAAAAAGUUUAACGGUUUAGAUUUUAUUGGUUUUCAAAUUUUAGAAGAUUGGUGUCCAACUAUCCAUAUUAAAAACGGGUAUACCCGGUUUAUCUAGCAGCUAUCGUGUUUGCCUACAAGGCUUUUAGCAUUCACUGCAUGUCUGGACCAGAGUGGUUUCUUCGAGUAUGUCUGUGUGCGUAUACACAGAUACACGUACAUGCAAUUACAUACACACAUGUGUAGUAUAUAUACACACAUCUAGAUGCAAAGAAAAAACAUCACCAUCUUCUGAUCAAUUAUCUUUUGCUACUCGAAAUAGACCCAAAGAAAAAAUGUACUGUCUCCAAGUUGCAGCUUAUCACUUGUUCUUCAACGCAUCCCGGUUGUGUUAUCUUCUCGCUUUGCUUAUCUUUGUUUUUCUCAGAUUAUUUUAUAUUUUCCAUGAUAUAUCAGUUGUUAAUCACGUCGGCGACUCCGGAACGGCGGCGUUUCGGGCUAUUACUGAUACAAAACAAGUUCAUGGAGAGUUGAAUGUAACUUUCUCUGGUGUUUUCUUAGGAUCUCUAAUCCAAGAUAUUGCUACUAAUGUUUAAUGUUUUCUAGCUAAUGUUUUUUCGAGGACAUGUUUUCUCGUUAUGUAUUAUUCAUGCACUUGCAUAUAUGUUUAACGAUGAAUUCCUAGUCUUGAUCUCUAUAGUUCA